AUGAAUAUUAAUACGGUAGAUAUCGAAGCAUUAAAUAUUAGAUUAAAUAAACUAGAUGAACACCAUCGAACAUUAACUGACACAUUAAUAGAAAUAGCAGCAAUUGAUGAGGAAAUUUCAGAUGAACAAGUUGAUGCCGAAAUGUCUGUUUGUGAAGACAAAUAUAUAGAAUUAAAAGUAUUAGGCGAUCGAGUGAUGAAAGAUCGAGUAAGGCCGGCCGGCGUUAGUAAUCACAUUGAACAAGCAACGGUAUCAGUGAAUCCUCCUUCAAAUAGAGUAAAUGACAAUUUCGUAAGACUGUCAAAAAUCGACUUACCGACUUUCUCGGGCUCAUAUGAAGAUUGGCAUCCAUAUUUUGAUACAUUCAAUUCUUUAAUACACUCUAACGCUUCGUUGAGAAAUAUACAAAAGUUUCAUUAUUUAAAAUUGUCAUUGAAGGGAGAUGCAGCUGAGACUAUUGCUUCGAUCGAAAUAUCUGAUGUUAAUUACAAUGUCGCAUGGUCUCGUUUGAGAGAAAGAUAUGAAAACGAGCGAAUAGCUGUACAAAAUCACAUUAAAUCUAUUUUCGAAUUACCGGUCUUAAGACGUGAAAAUGGCAACGUGUUGCGAAAUAUUUUAGACGGGUUAUUAAAACAUACUAGAGCGCUGCGGGCACUGGGGCGUCCGACAGACCAGUGGGAUGAUAUUUUAAUUCAUAUCGUAACAAGUAAACUAGACUUCAUUACUAUUAAAGAAUGGGAAAAUACAUUGCAACCCAGAGAAUUACCAACAAUACAAGAGUUCAUUGAAUUUUUAACCAAAAGGUGUCAAACUUUAGAGGCUGUUGCAAGAAGGACUUUCUUAGGAAAUCAAAACGUGAACUUAAAGCAAAAUUCUAACGUUAAGGUGAUAGCAUCCCACGCGGCUGUGACUGACGUUAAGUGCGCGCAGUGCAAGGGUGAUCAUCAAAUCUACCAUUGCCAAAUAUUUAAGGAACUUCCUAUCGCAGAAAGAUUAAAUAAAGUAAAGUCCCUGAAGCUGUGUCUGAACUGUCUUAAAAGUAAGCACAUGAUCAAAGACUGCACGGCCAGUCAUUGCAGAAUAUGCUCAAAAAAACAUAGUACGCUGUUGCACGAAGAUCGUGGCCCCGCACGAGAAAAUAGAAACGAAGCGAGUAAUAAGGAAAGAAAAACAGAAUCAGAUUCUAAUAAACCAAGUAGUUCAGUAUGUGCAUCAUCGCAAUCAAGAAAAUGCAAGGGUGAAUCGCUAUUGUCUACCGCGAUAAUAAAGGUAAAAAAUAACGGGGGAAAUUAUAUUGAAGGAAGGGCACUGUUAGACAGUGGUUCACAAUCGAAUUUUAUAACGCGAGAAUUUUUUAAACGGUUAAAUUUAAAGUCAACGGACUAUAAGGUCAAAAUAAACGGAGUUAAUGAAGGCGUUUCUAGCGCAACAAAAUCGGUAAAUAUAAAAAUAGCGUCACGUUUCGGUACAUUUGGAACGGAACUGGAGUGCAUAAUCUUAAAGCAAAUCACACCAAUGUUACCGACAAGCGAGUGUGAUACGAUUAAAUUAAGCAUACCGGAAAAUAUUCGAUUAGCGGAUCCGAGUUUCCAUGUGACGGGCCAAAUAGAUAUUUUAAUAAGUACGGAUAUAUUUUGGGAUUUAUUCUGCAUAGGCCAAAUAAAAUUAGGAAAAAAUAUGCCCACGCUACAAAAAUCAUUAUUCGGUUGGGUAGUGGCAGGGCCUACGCAAAUAAAUAAUAUAAGGAAAUCGAGACAAAUCAAUUGCAACCUAAGCACAAUAGAUCAAAUCAACGAAACAAUACACAAAUUUUGGGAAGUAGAAGAAAGCUUAUGA